AUGAGCACAAUCGUUGAACGAGAGACGGGGAUGUUGGAUGUGGGUUCACAUUGCCAAUUUUGCAGACAAAUAGAUUUUUUACCAUUUCAUUGUUCAUACUGUAAUAAUGAUUUCUGUGCAAGUCAUAGAUUUAAAGAUGAUCAUCGCUGUACCUGGUUGCUUGAAGAAAUUAGAAAGGAACAUCUAAGGAAGGAACAAAAACCAGCAGAAAAGAAGCAUAGCAAGAAGAAGCAUAAAAUGACAUUUUUUGAAACUCUGCUUCCAGAAAAAGGCUAUAUAAGAGUCAACCAUGCAUGA